CCAUCUGGGUCUUGAUACCCAGUAGUUGAUGAAGCCCAUUCCAACGCCACCUUCCUUGGAAACCUAUCUGGCUCUCACCUGGAAGUGUGCGUGGACUGUCAACCCAUGUACUUUGUUCCUCGUUUAUAACCCGGUAUUAACGAACGCCCCGCAGUGUUUGCCGACUUUUACCACAUAUAAUGAGACCAGAAAGACAGGCUUUCGGACCUUGCUUUGUGACCCUAGACAGGUUCCCUCUUUGCCUCACUUUCCCCACGUGUAAAAUGGAGCCAUUAACUCCAGAUUCCGGCCUAUUAUGCUGCUUUGAAGAUGAACCAGGUGAGGAAGGCCAAAGGCUUUUCGGGCUGUAAAAUAGUGAAAUUGAUCUGCUGCGGAGUUGCUGUUCCUCCUUCCUCUCCCUCUCUCUAACCGUUCUUCAGAUCUUUGUGUCAUUUCUUCAGGCGAUCUUUGCAACUUCCUAGCUCUGUGCCUGAAAGUAAAUCCUUUUAGUCACUCCCAUAAUGCUCUGCGUUUUAACUUCCUUAACAACAGCAAAAAUAGUUAUCAUUUCUAGAGGACCCACUCUGUGCCAGGCCCUGUGUUGAACACUUUACCUGGGUUACCUCAUUUAAUCCUCAGAAGAUCUUUAUAAAGGCAGGCACUGUUAUCUUUAUUUUCCAACCCUGAUGUGCUUGUAAUUGCCUGUUUAAUGUCUGUCUCUCCCACCAGACUUAGAGCUCUGUGAGAGAGGGGACCAUGGCUGUCUUGUACAUUUCAGUAUCCCCAGCUCCUAAUGAAAAUGACUCUCUUCCCAUCACUACCCUCACCAAAAGCAGUGUCUCCUUUGCAAAUCUUUUGUCACUGUGAUGAACAGUAGUCUUCCCUAGUCCUGUUGUCCACAGAGUACUAGUUGAGGUGAGGGGAACUAGGUCUACUUCUCUCUGGGUUUUUGGAUGAGGAUCCAAAACAUAUCUUAGCAUUUAGGUUUCCAACUGGGUUGGGGGAGGGGAGCUUUUUUCCCUGCCCUCGCAUGACCUUUAGAACAAACCAGCCCCAUCUACUUACUUUUCCUGGGGUGAGCCUGAUGUGUUUGACUGGGGCCUUGACAGGUGGGAUUUGCCUAUGCAGCCUUUGGCCUUCCUCUCCAGCAGCCUAGGAACCACACUCACCUACACCCAGCCCCUCCCCCAAAUUCUAGAGAAACAUGGCAGAGAACUCAUCCUUUCCAGAAAACCUCUCAGAAGGCAGAAUAGUGGUUGUUGGAAGCAUUCCCUCAUUCAACAAAUAUUUAUCAAGCACCUACUUGUGGGGACACGGAGCUUGACACUGGUAAAACAGUAGGAGUGAAGACAGACACAGUGAUACCCUAAAUAGAAUUACAGACAGAUCAAGGCAAAACCACAUCUUCAGGAAGUGUUAGGAAGCACAGGCCUUAGAAAGCCUGGAGCAGGGACUUGAUUAAAUGUGGGGGAGGGGUGUGAUCCCAGGAGAUUUCCCUCAGGAAGUGAUCCUUGGCUAAGACCCCAAGGCUCUGCUGAAUGUAACAGAUCAGGAUCUGACAAGUGUGUUAAGGAAUAGACUGAGAACAGCAAAGGCAAAGGGCUCAGAUCAGAGAGGACCAGAUGUCCAUACAGAACUGCAAGUGGCUCAGCCUAGCUGAGGCCCUUCAGGACACAGGGAAGGCUAAUAGCAGGCUGGAGAGAUAGGCAGGAGCCAGGCUGUAAAUGGCCUUGGCAGCCAAGCUAAAGGGCUCCAUCUCAUCCUGACAGUGGGCAGCCACUGAAAUAUAUUAAGCAGGGGAACAGAACAUCAGCUUCUUAUUUGUCUGUACUGGAUGAAGAUUGCUAUUUGGUUUGAAUGCUCUAAAUCCGGAUGUUCCUAUUUCAGUGAAAUGCAUGAAGAUGUGCUAUUUUUACAGCUUUGUUCAAGACUGGGAGAAUAAGGGCCCUGGGAUUUCUUAGCCCUGGGGUGCAUGCCACAGUCCUGCUGCACACAGCAUCGUGCUGGUAUGCCUUGUCUCCCUGAGGCCCCUCUACCUCUCUGCACUUGGCCUUGGGGGCUGCUUUAGUACCUUUUUUGCUGGCCUCCAGGAAGCUUUCAGUGACCCUUUUCCUCAGGCUGUCCUGAGAGGCAAGGUGCAGGAGCAUGGUUAACCAUGUAGGACUACAAUUUGAGGUCAGUUUCACAUGGGCACAUUUUUGUCUCUUCACAGAGAUGGUUCUUAGAGGGGGGAAGCUAAGACCCUUCUUUUAUACCACCAGUGACUCCCAGCACAGUGGGCUCUGGUUUCUUGUCACUGGUUUAGAGUCUCAUAAUUUGAGCAUGAAGUCAGAAGACUGAGGAGGGAGACUAUGUGAGUUGUUCCCACUUAGAGGGGCUGGAAGGAAGGAGAGAAUUUUGAAGAGAAGGGAGAAGAAGGCUGUAUGAGCCUAGGUGGAAAGUUAGGCCAGGGUUCAGCUUCAGGACACAAGUCGGCCUGCCCGACUGAAAAUGUGAAGCCCCUUAAGGGGAGGCCUUUAGUGCCAGUCUUGGGGUUGUCCUUUGUCCUGCAGGACAACGCACAUUAUGUCUCCUGAGAAGCAUGCUAAAAAUGCAGAUUUGUGUUCCUCACCCCAAGAGCCUACUCGGCGGAUUUGAGAAAGAACCUGAGUAUCUGUUUUCCGUGGACACAGCCUAAGAGAAAGAUGCAGCCUUUAUUCCUCACUGGCAGCUAACUUAACGGCCUGAUGACGGCACCCCCUUGUACCUUCCCGGUUCAGUUCCGGCAACCCUCAGUCAGCGGCCUCUCACAGAUCACCAGCAGCCUGUAUAUCAGUAGUGGGAUGGCUGCCAACAACAAGCUCAUGCUCUCCAGCAACCAGAUCACCACGGUCAUCAACGUCUCGGUGGAGGUGGUGAACACGCUAUAUGAGGACAUCCAAUAUGUGCAGGUGCCUGUGGCUGACACACCCACCUCACGUCUCUGUGACUUCUUUGACCCUAUUGCUGACCACAUUCACAGUGUGGAGAUGAAGCAGGGCCGCACACUGCUUCACUGUGCGGCCGGCGUGAGCCGCUCGGCUGCCCUCUGCCUCGCCUACCUCAUGAAGUACCACGCCGUGUCCCUGCUGGAUGCCCACACGUGGAUCAAGUCAUGCCGGCCCAUCAUCCGACCCAACAAUGGCUUUUGGGAGCAGCUUAUCCACUAUGAGUUCCAGCUGUUUGGCAAGAAUACUGUGCACAUGGUCAGCUCCCCUGUGGGAGUGAUCCCUGACAUCUAUGAGAAGGAGGUCCGUUUGAUGAUUCCACUGUGAGCCAUGUUGCCAGCCCCUGCUCCGGGGUCAAAAGGGCAGAUCUGCCGUCGAUCCGACACCAAAAACUGAACUUAAACAUUCUGCUUUUGUGAUGCAGAUAAAAACAGAUGAUGCCUUUUCUAAGAGCAAGAAAAAAGGAAGGGUGCUGUCGCUUUUAACCUUGUAAUCCAUAUCUUUAAAGAUUAAAUUCACUAAAUAAAAAA